AUGACGUUUACAUGGCGGCUACUUUUAGUAGCCUGCCUUUCGCUGGCAACCGAAUGCAAAACUUCCGAAGAAGCGCCAAACAAAAACUUUAAGCGCGUGGAAGGCACGAAUUCGUACGAACUAAGUGUGAAAGACGACGAUAUGAUGCAAAUGUAUCAGAAGUGGAUGGACACUGGAAUGAGCUCGUUGUUCAGUGCAAUCGCCAAUAAAAAGUACGGAAAGUUGACAGGGAAAUAACUCAAAUGCGAAGCUUAGAUUUUGAUAAAGCUUGGCACAAAUUUAGAUUAGUUUUUCCAAGACGUAUGGAAGCCUUCCAGCUCGCGGUUUGCAGAAACGACCGAAAUUUUUAACACGAAAAAUGACAUUUUUUUUGCAAAUUUUGGCAUGAAAAGUUCCAUGCUUAUUUCAACCGUAGUGGUCAACGUUUCCACAAAAAAUAGUUUCUUCAUUCAAGAAACUGGCAAAGAUAUGGCCUAAAAGUCGGUUUUCUCUGACCAUUCUCCGCAUUUUACGUACUUUCUUGGCCGCAAAGGUCGUUUAAUAUCUCGGUUGCGUACGCAAAGCGUGAGAUAAAAUUUCCAGGAAUUGAUGAGGUCGCGAAGGUCAACUAUAACCCAAAAUCAGCCUUUUAUGAUACAACAAAACAUACAACAAAACCUUUGUGUAACGAACAGAUUUUUUUGGAGCCUAGCGAUUCGUUCAAAGAACCUCUCUAUAACGAACAAUUUUAGAGGUUGCGAAAGUCAAUUUUAAGAAAACAUGAACCUUUCUACAACGAAACCUUUCUAUAACGAACAAAAUUUUUCGGGUCCUAGCGAUUUAUUGCACCGACCUUUUGAGAUACUUACAACGAAAACCUCCCUAUAACGAACAAUUUCAGAGGUUGCAAAAGUCAGUUUCAGGCCAAAAUAAGCCUUUACACAACGAAGGCUUUCUAUAACAAAAAAAAUUUUUUGGUUUCUAGCAUGGGUUUUCUCAAGAAACCACUUUAAAAACGUAAUUUCACACCCCUGUUUCAGACUAAAAAAGCAUCGAAAGUCGAUAGCCACAAAGUUCGGGGAAUGCUCAACGUCCGCCGACGAUCUCAUAAAGCACGCCAAGUGCUUGAAACAACUGCUGAACCACAAAUUCGACACUCCAAAACCGAAAAAAUUCAAUCGCUUCAAUCGCUAUCGCCAACACAGAGUUGGCGACGAGGACGAGGAAAGUGGUUUCAAGCAACAACUGGAUGAAAACACAGUGAGAAGCAAGAGGGAGAUCAAGUCCGCCAAGGGAUACAGGAUGAAGGGAAGCAAGGUGGUGAUGACACCGAUGAUGCAGGUAAAUAAAGACAUAACAAUUGCAAAGGUUGAAAAAAUAAAGGUUACUAUGGCUCGACGGUUUUUGCAAACCGAACAACGAUUCAGCCCGCAGAAUCGGCGUUCUUGAAUGAUUAAGAUUUUUUAUCGAAUUUUGACGUGAAAAGUUUCAUAGUUACUGAAACGCAUGAUGUUUCCACAAAAAAAUUAAAAUAAGCUUUUCCAUGCGCAACUGCCAAAGAUACAGCUAAAAAGCGUUUUUACCUCUGCCCAUACUCUCUCUUUCGCCCACUCUCUCAAAUGACAGAAUUUGGCCAAAAACUAUUUUCUCUGACCGAUCUCCAUGUUUGGCCAAUAUCUCAGCUGUCCACCCAAAUCGUGAGUUAAGCUUUUCAGAAACUGAUAUUUAGCCUAUAUCCAACUUGUGCGCAAAACACAGUAAAAAAAAAUGCUCGUUGCACUUCGGAUAAUUUCUUGUAAAUUCCUCUCAGCAAAAACGUCCUUUCACAAACUGGCUUACAAAAAACUUUGCAAUUUCAGAUGCACUAAAAUUCGCCUCAAAAGUCUACAGCAUAUUUGAACCCUUUUUAUCGCCAACUUACUUUUUUUUAGAUAGCAAAAAGCAUUUACGACUCGGUGAAGCAGGCGUCCAACAAGACCGAGCUCCCCAAAUGGCAAAACACCAUCGAAAGCCUCAAAACCAACGGCAAAGCGCUGAAGAAGAAGCGCAAAGACAUUGAGGACACUAGCGAUGAGAGUCUGGCCACUAUGGGGCUGCAGGGUCUGAAGCGGCAGGUCAACCGCAAUGACAUCCAGUUCGAAGGCGAGUUGGAGGACAUCCAAAAAGACCCCGCCAAACUCAAGCGACUCAUGGCCGAAAUCAAGAAGAAGAAGGGAAACACCCCGGAGGCAAAGGUCAUGGACAUUGUGCGCAGUGCGAUGGAGAUGGGCUACAAUAUCGCGGGGCAGAACACGUCGAGAUUCUACAAUAGCACGAUGAGAAUUGCGUCGCCCAAAUUUUUGGAGCUCUUCCCGGAUAGUGGAAAUGAUACGGUAGGUAGAAAAGUGGUUGUAAUCAAACUAUCAGUCCGUCGGGAAAAUAACGACCACUCUGUCGAAUCGAAAAUCGCAUCGCCGCCGAAAAAAUGAAUCGUGUUGCGAUGAAAUCAAGUUGCUUUUCACACGCGAUUGGAACAGCGAGAGUGCGCUCAUUAUUUUUCCGACAGACUAAUACUAUCGAAAUUGGAUGUCUGUCGGGAAAAUAAUAUGAGAGAAAAAAGGUAAUUUUAAACCCUGCGGGUUCUUGCCUUUUUGCGCUGCCUCUAUACAAAAUAAAAAAUAUCUUCGUUAUGGAAAGCUUCGUUGUAUAGAGGCUUUUUCGACGAAAAAGUGCCUCUAGGAAUGCCUGUAAGUGUUCGCUAGAGACAGGUUUUGUUACACAGGAAUAAGCCUAAGGUGCCAAUAUAAAUUUGCUUUCAGGUGAACCUAAUAUCCCCAUCGUUAUUCGCUCUUCACGAAAGCGACGAUCCAAUUGAGAAUCUGACAAGUAUUCCCAAUUUGCUCAAAGGGUUUGGCCUUCAAGAGCACCAACUGUGGCUUGAUGUCAUCAUGGAAGCGGCUGGGGUCAAUGAUAAAUCGGAGGACAUCGAAAAGGCAGGCAUUUUUUCAUAAACUUAGUCUGAGCAUUUGUCCAAAAAACAGUGAAAUGCACGGUGCAAAAUGGUCUUUUUUGUGCAAAUGCGCGACGCGACAAAUGCCCAUGCACUUUAUGAAAAUACUGAUCAAAACCCGACAGAAAUCAAGCGUAAAUGUUUUUACAAACGGAAUUAAAAGUGCAAAACCACCCUUUCCUUUAAAAAAGACACGAAUCUUAAAAGUGAAAACAAAAAAAAUCACCGACGUUUUCUUGGGUUUUCGGGUUUCUGCUCUGAUGUUUGAGCGGCGAACCGGCGGCGCGCGGCGUGCAGGCUCCGGAAUGAUGAUUGAUCUGCGUCUCGCGACGUUUUUUAAAAACCCCACCGUCAACUGUUGAUCUUUCAGGAGCUCAAGGAGGCCGGCAAGAACCAAACCGCGCAAAUGGUGGACAUGAUGAAGGAGAUGGUGGACGAAAACAAUGUCCCAUUGUACCCGACCGAGCAGAACGCCACCGAAUGGGGCGAGUCGCAGGCGGUCUUUGACUUCUGGACCAAAGUGCGCGAUUCCUACACGAAGGAUCAGUUGCGCGAACUCAAUCACACCGGCUAUGCAAUUUUGAACAAGGAACAGAUUACGCUGCUGUACGGGCCCGAGUCCAGACUCUACAAUAAGACCAAAUAUGAGCGGCUGAUGAGUAUGAAUGAGGAGGAGAUUCAUGAGGAAAUGGAGAACCAAAUUCAAAUGAUGGCAGAGAUGGAGAGCUUUAAGCUCCGCAAAAAAGACGUCGUUUUGUCAGCAACAUUGUUCACGUGGGUCGUACUCAACCCCACCACAACAUCACAGCCCUUUAUUUUGGCCCCACUGCUUUUCGACCCGAUUAUCCUGUCGCCCUCGAUCUACGGCGCUGUAAUCUUAACGCCUUGGGUGUUUGUCCCGUUCGUCUUGUCCCCUCGUGUUUUGGGUUGCAUUAUCCUAGCCCCAUGGCUGUUCUCCCCUCUAAUUCUAACUCCCAUCGCACUCCAUCCUGCUAUUCUGUCGCCCGGCCUUUUCAAUCCCCUAAUCUUGUCGCCUCUAGUACUGGUACCCUUCAUUUUGUCGCCUCAAGUUUUCACACCAAUCAUCUUGAGUCCAUUGUGUUUGGACCCGGUAAUUUUGAAUCCGCUAGUCGGAUCCCCUCUAAUUUUAUCGCCUUUUGUCCUAACUCCCACCAUUUUGUCGCCGCAUUUCCUCGGAGGACUGAUUAUGAGUCCUUACGUGCUCUCACCUGUCUUGUUAUCACCGUUAACGGCCUUUGUGGCCUUGUUGUCUCCUAGUUGGCUUAGCUAG